CCCUCGGCGGUCGUGGUGACAAUAAGCAAAAUCAGAUUACUUUUUUAUAGAUUUGCAUAGAAAGCAAAGAUCAAAGAAGGUGAAUAACGUCUUGCUAAUUUCAUCCAAAAAAAAAAAAUGGCUGAAAAUAAAGAGAUUCCGUCUCAAUAUGACCUGAAUGCCAAGUGGGAUGCCUGUCUGGAUUUGGGUGUUCGUCGGUUCGUAUACUCCUCCGCUACCGGUGCUUUCGCCGGCCUUCUCUUAUUCCGUUCUCCUGUUACACGCUGGGCAUCGAUUGCUUUUGGUGCAGGAGUGGGUAUUGGAUCUGCAUACUCAGAUUGCUCGCAGAAAUUUGAUGGGUCGAGGGUAACAUCUCCAAGUGUUGCCGAGACACCAGUUGCUAAGGAGUGAAAUGAGGAUUGAAGAUUGAUUGUGGAAGUGUAAGAGAAGAUUGUUGAUGUUCAACUGAAAUGAAAUGGGUUUUGAUUUUUAACCUUUGUAUGAAUUAGAAGAGUAAUAAGUUGGGGGCAAUGUACUCUUUUGUUACAUUACUUACAUAUCAUGUACAAUCAAAUAUAUUUGUCUAGGUGCUGCUCAUUCAUGAAAUUCAGGUUUUUUUUUGACAA